AUGUCAGCUGAGGUCCGUUCUAUUAAGGCAUUGACAUUUAAGAGUGCGGGACGUCCUCGCUUUACUACACAAACGCUUCCCACCAAACUCGGUAAGAACUGUCUGCUUGUCAAAGUCCAUGCAGCGGCUUUAAACCCUGUUGAUAUCAAAUUGACACACAUCCCUCUAUUAGGGCUUAUCCGAAAGGAGAAAGGAAUCGGUAAAGAUUUCGCUGGCGAAGUAAUUAAAGUAGGGGAAAAUGUUAAAGACUGGCAGGUCAAUGACAGAAUAUGUGGCAUGGUACUGCGGCUUGUGGGGCCAGGAAGUGUAGCAAGCCAUUUGGUUAUUGACCUGGACCAAGAAAAAGCGAUUUUAAAGGUUCCAAAAAGCUUUUCCUACGAGCAGGCAGCCGCCUUUCCUCUCUGUUAUGGAACAGCAUUCCGUGCAUUUGAAGUUGCCAACCUUGAUUUGUUGAAGCAAGAAAAGUCUUCAGUCUUGGUGCUUGGUGGGGCCACGGCUGUUGGUAUGUUUGCAAUUCAGUUGGCAAAGAAGUGGUUCAGUAUACCAACAGUGAUAGCCACUUGUUCAAAGUCGAGUGAAUCACUUGUUAGAGAGCUCGGUGCCGAUUUUAUUAUCGACUAUCGUAGCACAAAUAAUCUUCCCCAAGAAAUCGUCGACACUAUCAAUACCAAGUUGGAUGGACAAAAGUGUUCUUUGGUUAUUGAUUGCAUUGGUGGACAUGAGGUUGUUGACCGGUUUCGAGAUAUUCUCUUGCCUGCUAGCAAAGGGUCUGCAUUUAUUGCUUUGAAUGGAGACCUUGAAUCACAGUCUAAGUACGACGGUGGAUCUGCACUUUCGUACCUGACUCGGUUGCCGUUUAUGGCCAGUAAAAUUCUAUUUGGCAAAUAUUAUGGCCUUAACUACAGUCUAGGAAUGGCACCGACAACUGACGACUGGAAAACGAGAGCCGAAGAGAUAUUUGAGACUAAAGAUAUCAAAAUCCUCAUUGAUAGUGUUUACGACUGGGAUGAUUGGGAAAAGGGUUGGGAUAAACUGAAUAGUAUGAAGAGCCAUGGUAAGAUUGUUUUGAAAAUGGAAUAA